AUGAUUAGACACACGACAAGACUGUUGUUAAGAAACAUCAGACCUUUAAAUACAACAUCAUCAUUAUCAAUUAUAACAUCUCGUAUACUUCUAUCAAAUAAACAACAAUUAAAAUUUUAUUCAUCUAAAAAUUCAUCACCUAUUCCAAAAGAUUCUAAAAAUGAAGCAUCAAAACCAAAAUCGAUUUUAGAUGAAGAUAUGUUAGCAAGAGCAGGAUUCGAAGAUAUUGGUCCAUCAAAAGAAAAAACUGAAUCAUCAUCAUCAUCAUCAUCAUCAACUGAAUCACCAGAAACUGAAACAGAAUCAGAAACUUCAGAGACAAAUCCAAAUAGACGUAAAAGAAAAAGAGCUCAAACUUCAAAAGAUCUUAAACGUGAAAGAUAUGCAAAUAUAUUUUAUUUAACAACUUUUGUUGGAGCAAUUGUUGGUUUAGGAUACAUGAGUAGAGAUUGGGAUUCAACAAAAGAACAAGAAGAAUUAGAUGGAUUAAAAAUUGAAAAUGGUUAUUCACCAAAUUUAAUGUAUCAAAGAUUAAAUAAAAGAUUAAGUUCAUUAUUUACAUUUUUUUCAGAACCAGUAUUUGAAAAUUUAUUACCACCACCAGCACCAGAACAAUAUAGAAGACCAUUAACUUUAGUAUUAACAUUAGAUGAUUUAUUAAUUCAUUCAGAAUGGGAUUCAAAACAUGGAUGGAGAACUGCAAAAAGACCAGGAUUAGAUUAUUUUUUAGGAUAUUUAUCACAAUAUUAUGAAAUUGUUUUAUUUUGUACAAAUUCUCAAAUAUAUUCAGAAAAAGCAGUUGGUAAAUUAGAUCCAUAUCAUGCUUAUAUUUCAUAUGCAUUAUUUAGAGAAGGUUGUCGUUAUAAAGAUGGGAAAUUAAUUAAAGAUAUUUCAUUAUUAAAUAGAGAUUUAGGUAAAACUGUUAUGAUUGAUGUUGAUGAAGAUUCAGCUUCAUUACAACCAGAAAAUUCAAUUAUUGUUGAAAAAUGGGAUGGUAAACCAGAUGAUUAUUUAAUUAAUUUAAUCCCAUUUUUAGAAUAUUUAGCAACACAACCAGUUAAAGAUGUUAGACCAAUUUUAAAUUCAUUUAAUAAUAAAACAAAUAUUGUUGAAGAAUUUUCUAAUCGUGAAUCAAAAUUAAGAGCACAAUGGUUAAAAGAUCAUCCAACAAAUAAACCAAAUGCAACAAAUUUCUUAACAAAAUUAUUAGGUAUGCCAACUCAUGAACCAAAAAUGCCUUUAGAUAUUAUACGUGAACAUGGUCAAUUACAAUAUCAACAUUUUCAAAAAUAUUUACAAGAAAAUGCUAAAAAAUUUUUAGAAGAAGAACAAAAAUUAAAAGAUGAAUUUGGUAAAUUAACUUUAAAUAAAUUAAUUACUGAAGGUGCUCCAAAUCCUGAAGAUAUUGCUAAAAUUCAACAACAAAGAGCUGCUGAAGAAGCUGAAAAACAAAAAGCUGUUGAUAAUAUGAAAUAA